GCAUACGAAAUCAAGUCAGGCCAGGCUGAUUCGAGUCGUAAGGUUUCUCACAAAAUCCCAGUGGCGAGCGAAAGUAUGUUGAAACCUGAGUUGAAACUGCCGUGAAUAGCACUAUGUCGUGUCAGUUGGUGAAGAUAGCAGCAAUUAGCAACGUCGCCAGAGUCAAGUCCUACCUGUUUCCAAGCGGUCAAGAACAACAGGAUGAUGCAGCAUCAAAGGCAACCAGUGAUGCCUGGGAUUGGCCCUUGGAAAAUGAACAGCCGACAGAAGCCAAGUCAACCAAGGAAGAGGACAAGUGGCUGCAGGAUUGCGUUGUCGCACUGUCAUCGACGGCCGAUGUUUUGGCACUGGCGAGAGAAAAUACGGUUGUGUUUCUCACGGCCAAGCAUGGUAUAUCUGAGCGGAACGACUGGAAAUACGAGGUGUCGUUCCACAGCCAGCUGCGUGCAUCAAAUAGUGACCCUGUCUGUGCCAUGCUGUGCUUGCCGAUGAGCUCCCAGAAGAGGAGCUACCAGGGAGGACCUGACUGGACCUGCAUUGUGGUCGGCUUCAAAUCCGGCUACGUUCACAUGUACACUGAGGAUGGGCGCCUGCUUCUAAACCAGCUCCUUCACGAGGAGCCCGUGCUGUCGCUGAAGUGCCAGACGUAUGUGCCGCGUCGUUUCAGCGGAUUCGGAGAGCAGCAAGACGAAGUGCGGGUCACUUAUCCCCAUGCCAUCGUGUGUCUCGAGGGCUUCGGUUUGUUCCAGACACUUCGAGCUUGUCGGAAUCAGCUGGCUAGAGGUGGCACUGGCAAUCAGGGCCCCGCGGUGACACCCCCGCCAUUGAGCUACAAAAAGUGGGGACCUCAGGACAUACGUCAUGUGCGAGACUGCGAGGCUGUGGGAACGGUGGCACCGCGGCUGUUCGACCAGAUGGUCAUAGAGUCGAUCCGCAAGGCUCACGGUGGCAUUAUGCGAUUCUCUGCUGCAUCCUCAAGCCUCAUAUGUGCCACGGGCACGGACCCUUACGUCGGCUUCUACUAUGCGAAGGAGGGCUUUGUUCAGCCGCACCUCACGGAUGUUGCUGUUGCGGUGGCAUCGCGGGUCAAAACCUUCCUCGCUGACUCCCUUCUGGGCAAGCUUACAAAGACUCAGCAGGAGGAAGUAAAAGCCCCUCCGAUUGAACCUGCCUCCGGUGUACCGAUGCGGUGCGGCAUCUUCGACAAGCACCGUAAAGGCAUGCGGAUCUUCCUGUCCCCGAGCAAGCAGUUGGCCGCCGUCACAGACAGCCUCGGCAGGAUCGUCCUGUUCAGCGUCUUUCAGAACACCGCAACACGCAUUUGGAAAGGGUACCGUGAUGCUGAGUGCGGCUGGGUUGAGGUGGAGGACAGUUCACCAGACACGGCGAUCAACGGAGUGCCAAGGAGAACUCAGUUCCUUAUUGUCUACGCACCACGCUGGGGUGUUAUUGAGGUGUGGUGUCCUCAUCAAUCUUCAAGGGUGGCUGCCUUUGAAGUUGGAAAAGGUGGCAGACUUCUCUACACCAACUACACACUCGUGGGCCUGAACAACGUCCUGGUGAAGACUGUACGGCCAAACACCUACCCGUGCUGCUACAUGACCUCCGAGGGCAAGCUGUACGCUGUGGCCGUUCCUUUCCAUCGUGUCCUCAGUGAACGCAGCCGUGCACGCGACUGGCAGCUUCUCAACGAGGUCCAGGUACUGCUGAAGGAAGCCGACCCGCCCAUCGACGAGGGUGAGUGCUGGUCUCAGCAAGCCCAGCUGGUGACAAAGCUUGGCCGCCUUUUGCGGGACAUGAAAGCAGUCAACGUCCAGCAACAGGCUCUGGAAAAAAUUGUCCACAGCAGCAAGGCGUCACAUUUCGUCGUCUCCACAGUACUCGGGGUGCUGGAACCAAAGUCUCAGGAACCACAAGCAUCAGAAGAUGAAGAAGUCAGCUGCGACUUUGAUGCCGAGCUGUUGCACGACACCUGCCGACGACUCCGGCAGCUUUGCCGCCUCCACAAGGCUGUAGACAAGUCGCAAGUCGAUGACAUUUACGAGCCGUCGUCGGAAGAAGUUUCACCAGAGGAGCUAGCAGAUGAACUGUCCAUGCCACUGAAGAAAGUGUCACGUGUGUUGACGCACGUAUCACGUUACCUGUCACUCUGGACUGCUGGCUCCAGCAAGCGGGUGACCUUUGGUGACGAGAACCCUGUUGCACUGCCUGUGUUCCUCGGCUACUUCGACAUUGGUGACAGUCGUCGCUUGGCAAGGGAUCGAAAUGAUGAGGCUCCCCUGCCCGUGACGACCAAGGCAGAUGCCGAUUGCAAGCAGCUUGGACACCUUCUGUUCUCAAGAGCGCUGGCAUCCAGUGGCUGUCACCCAUUGCUCCUGGAAGCCUUGAGGAAGUCUGGGAUUGCGCCAUCUUCACUAGUGCAAUCGCUCCUGCAGGAGUGGCUGUCAUCCACGUGGGCCAUGACCAACAAAAGGAGCUGGUGUCUGUUCAGUUCACUCCUCAAGUCACUCGUGGAAAUGGCUGGAGAGGAAGCUCACUUCACAGCUUCACUGACGAUGUCACCGUGGUGGCGGAGCAUUCGAACGGUGCUGGCUGCAUCAUCAAACGUUCCGGCAGCCUACAUUGGAGCAGCCAUUGUUGGCUAUGUGGCAAGAAGCUUUCUCCAGUUUCCAAGUCCUCAAAAAGACGAAGCUACCGAUGCUGCAGAAAAAGUGCCUCAGCCAACAGAAGAAAACGAAGACAAGCCACUAGAAAAACUGUCGGGGCCGCAACUGCCUCCCACCGGUGACCGUGAUGAUCCAGUCAUCAUCAACGAUGAGGGCGAAAUCGAGGAAGACAGCUGGGAGCCCGUGGUCAUUGAGUGUGAUCACUGGGAGUCGCUGCUGGGCAAGCUGGAGGACGUAUUGGUGCUGGCGUCACUGCUGAGACGCCCCUGUGACCAGCGCCAGCUCUUCCCCGAGCACCGCGAGGUCUCCCUGUCCUCCCUCUUCACUAGAGGCCAAGGCAUUAUCACUGAACUGGUGUCUGCGUGGGCCUGUGAUCUCGAUAUGACCCCUGACGACCUUAGGCGGCUCACGAAGCUCCCAUUGCCCACAGGAUCCGAGUCUCAGGAAGAUGGCAUUGAUUUGCAUUUUGUGCGGGCAAGACGACGAUUCGCUCGGUCCUUGGAGCUGGAUUCCUUGCUAGUCAACUGUGCCUCGGAGCAGCUGGUGCGGUGGGACCGGGACCGGGACCAGAUCGACAAGCUGGCCAAGGCUUCGGCUUUUCUCUCAGCUGUCUCCAGUAGCAUACUCAAGAAUGGUGUGGGCCUGAUCAUAUGGAAGACGUUCUUGCAAAAAAGAUUCGAAGCAUUAGUUCUGCUGAUGGAAAAGAUGGGAAAGACACCCAAGGACCGCAUCUGUAGGAGGGAUGUGGAGAUCAGUGACAUCCAUCUGGAGCCAUUUGUGCGGUUCUGCACAGAAGUUUUGGAGGCAAUUGUUGAUGCCUCUCUGGGCCCGGAAGCCGAGACCCUGCCGGUGCUGCCGCAGGGAGAGCCCCUGUGGGAAGGAGCCCAGCAGGACGCGUCGCGGCCGCAGCCGCUCGUGGCGCACGCGCUCGGCCAGCGCGCCCCCAACAUGGCAUCGGUGCGGCACCACCAGCUCUUGGCCACCGUGGUCCAGUUCGUGGUGCUGUUUGGCAUGCGCUCAGUGCGGCCCCUCUCCCUCUUUACGCCCACGGUGCGCAAAGCAUUCUUUCAGGACCUGCACUCGCCACUCCUGGCGCCGAGCGCCAAGAUUUCUUCGUCGCUUACGUCGUCACCGCAGCAGAGCUUCCUCCUGCGUGCCGCGUCGGCUGUGAUGCAGUCCCUGCCCGACAACCCGGAUAACAGUGUGCUCGGCACGACUUUUGGCUGGAUGAACCGGCUGCUCGACUUGGCCUGCAGCUGGGGCGAGGACCGAGACCUGGUGCGGCGGCACUGCGUGUGCGAGCUCUAUUCGGCCGGCCACGACAUCCUUGCGCAGGAGGUGUCUUUGGCGGUGAAGGACAAGGCCCAGCUGGCCUCGUGCCUUCUGGUGAUUGCUGGGCAGCGCAUGCACCACCUGCUGUUCAUGAACGAUGCCCACCGACCCAGCCAGAUGGCACUGCUGUCGCCCCACAUCAGCACUUGGAUUCUGUCCCUGGACCUCAGCAACCUUCGUUGCUGCAAUCCACCAACACUGCAAACAAUGAACCUCCUUCAGAACAUAGUCAACAUGCUUCCUGAAGAUCACUCGGAACACCGGCUGGCGUUAUCCUUGUUAGAUGUCUUGGAAUCACUGCCUGAACCUUCUUAGCCACAAGCCACUGCUACGUAGGAACAAUGUUCAUGUGAUAUCAGUUCAAGGUCUGUGGUGACAGCCAUGACUGACUCAACAUUCAGCUGGUUCCUCGAUGAAACGAACGCUUAGCUGCGGCACUGCGUUUAACCUGAUGAUGGCUGACAGACCUGAUAACGAAGACAUGGUGCGUGUUUGACAGGUGCACUUCUGACAGAUGGAUUCCAAACAGUUGGGUUUUCAGCAGAUGGAUUCCCGACAGGUGAAUCUCUAGCAGGUGGAUUUUGUAUUGUCUACUUUGACACUGGCUGUCUGAUAGCAAUGCACGUUCGUUAAAUCAUUUUUAAUUUUCUGCACACGUAAAGGCACUACCAUGGUUAUAAGUUAUAAAAGGUUUUAGUGUCAAACAAUUAUUGGUUUAUCACCUAUGUCGUUUCAGAGUCUAUGUUGUUCUAACAGGCUUCUUUAAAAAACCCAAGGCACACCUAUAAUACAGUGAAGUUAAUGACUGCAGUUCAUUUGUCGGCUUUUCUUAGCCUUUGCCAAGCAGGGUCAGAAUGCUAAGCAGUCUUUGUUAUCAUAUGAAGACACAUCUUUGUCAUCACAUCAGAAGUGACUUUCUGCUAUGCUUUGGUCCUGCCUUAGUGAUGACAAACCUGUCGCAUUCCUCAUACCAGCUAGCAUAGGGUGCUGUUGUGUGCCUACGUGUUAGCAUCUCAUAACCUGUACCGGCAGUCUAUACAGUGUAGACCGCUUAUAACGUAAGUCGCCCGAGUCGCAAAUAUCCACACUAUAAGCAGUACCUCACUAUAACCAAAACAAUUUUCAAGGUCUGCACUUAUGCAACACAUGUAGACCAAGCAGCUGCGUUUAUCUGAGAAUCGAAGCGUGUGAUCGGGAGUUUUGCAUCCGUUUAAAUUUAUGAACAUAGAAAGGUUAAUUUCCAAGUAGCCGCAGUCUUAGCAUGAAGCAGACAAAGUGAUAACAGUUAAAGAAAAAAAAAACGCGACCGAAAUUUCAGAUGCAGUACAGUGUCUCAUUCGAUUUCUCCGACUGAUCGGCGUAUGCACGGUGUCAAAAACAUCCGCGGACCAAGUUGCCACCAUUCGAGUGUUGCCAGUGCUGUCACUUUCAUUAUCAAGGUGGUUUCUCUGCUUUCCAUGUGUUGUACAGCCAUUGCAACGCAUUUUGUUGACUCGGCACCAAACCAUAACUUUGGGCGCCGACGAGGCGCGCUGGUUAGGCCUACUGGCGGGAGAUUCAGGCAGCAUGCCGUCGCGGAAAGCUCGCCCUUGAUGUGUCGUACCCGUAGUCGAUUACAUAGUUAAGCCCAUGUGCAUGUGAUCCCGCACACAGGCUGAACUGACAGCAACGCGUACGAAGGGGAGUUUGAUUCCUCGGGCAAUCAGCCACGGCAACUACUACGAAUGCCUACCAAGCUUGUACGUGCGCACACUGGUACGAACGGCGGAAGCUCACAAGUGCACAUAAAGCCUAAUAGCUCCAAACUAAAUUUGCGGAACAAUGCUUUAACGCGCGAUAUCUGCACUUCACGACGGGUGUGCCAUAGAUGGGGUGCACAGAAACUGAAGCCGCUUUCAGUGUGAAGCGCACCGCUGAUAUGCAGCCGAGCAAAAGGCCUCUCCGUCGCCUAGGCAUCGAACACCCGCCGCCGUUUUCUUUUUUUAGUUUUUUUUUUCCGUUCGUUCACUCCUCGCCGCUCACCUUUCCCAUCAGCGGGCGCACCUCAUCAAGAAGCGUGCUCGCUACCGCGCUUGUUGGCAGGAUUUUUUCGCGGAAGCCGCAUGAUAACCGGUAUUUUGGCUCGCACGGCUGCACUGUAAGCGGAAUGCGUAUACAUGCAGUUCUAUGGGAGGGUAAAUGGGAGUCAGAAAAGGUUGCGUUGAAGCCAGUUCUGCACUGUAAACAGUUACGUUAUAAGUGGUCUAAGCUGUAUUGUGUGACAUUGAUAACACAUCUGCAGGUCAAUCAGUGCUCUUGACAAUGCUCACGGUGACGUCAGGGAUGCUCCAUUUUAGCUGACAAAGUGCAGUGAUAGUUGUGUCCAUAGCAGAAGUACUAAGUCAUGUGCUCAUCGACACAGGGGCAUGGUUAAUGUUCUUAGGACCAGUGAUAUGUAAGCUGCUAGUCUGUCGUAUCCUUAGCUUUGUCAUGUUGACAGAACAAGUAAGGUUGAUUUUAACGAGUCGUAGUGCUAGGUCAUGGCAUCGGAGCUUGAAGCCUCAUUGUGCAUAUGAAACGAUAACUCCUCUUAGCAGGUGCCAAGCUGGUAAAGAAAGUAAAGUUGGAAGAAUAUGCACAGAGUACGCAACGAACGAAAUUGCCAAUGCCAGAGACACUAUUCUCAUGGUAACAGAGUGUCCUUUUUGCUGAGUUCCUUUUACCGCUAGAGUCGCCUUGGAUUCUUAUUUUUUAAGUUUUGCCCACAAAAACUGCAUCGUGAUUGCAGUUUCCUUGGCAUUGAUAAAACAGUUGUCAGCUUCUGUACUUGUAUUUGGUGAAUUCCUCUAAAUUUUCCGAUUGUUGUUUGCCUGUCAACAGCAAGUCUCAAAUCUAGCAGUCCUGUAUGCCAGAGGCAGUGAAGGCGAGCACAUUCUAAGGUUGUUUACUUUCACCAUGUUCUAGGUGACAAUUGCAGUAAAGAAAAAAAAUGCACGACUGGAAAAAUGAAUUUUUGCAUAGUUUUACACAACGUGUUUAUUUCAGAGUGUAAAAAUAAAAGGUGGUUUGCAGAUGUGCAGUCUUUGUCAAAAGUUUAGAAGCCCCCCAUACGAGAAAAUAUCUUCGGCCAAGCCCUCUCCUGGGAGCUUGGGGCUUUGGAUUGGCUAAAGUUCCGCAGUGGCUUCAAACCAUUUUAACAAAGACUGUACGGUACCUUACAGCCGUAGAUCUGCGAUAUUUACUAUCACAAUGUACAUAAUCUUAAACAGCCAGAAUUCAUUUGCAACAGCAGCAGUAUUUGUGCUGCAUUGCAUAAACAGUUAAACUGAGCUCACUUUUAGCUAGAACGUACAAUACUACGAGACAGCAAGGAAAUGAAACAGUUUUUAUUUCAUAACGCACUGAGAUUGCUUUUAAUUACAGAGCCUAAAUUACAGAGCCUAGGGCAACUUCUUCAUCUAUGUCCGCGAUGUUGUCUGGACUUUUUCUUCUUGUUCUGUAAAGGAAAUAAAUGUACAAAGGGGUUUCUGAAUUCA